UUUCAGACGAAAAACAUGGCGGCGCCCAUAGAAAAGUUUGUUAUUGAUGCAAAUUAUUCUAAUUUUUAACGUACAAAUCAAAAAUCACAAUGUCUAACCUUGAAACUUGGGUAAACGAUCAACUGCACGAUAUACUUGGUAUAUCAGAUAAAUAUAUUGGUCAGUAUUUGAUUGGUUUGGCUAAAAAGGCUUCAUCGUCUGACGAUUAUGUACAGCAACUGAAAGAUACAGGAACCGUGGAUAUAGACGACCAGAUGGUCAAGUUUUCCCAUGAACUUUGGGACAAGGUACCUCACUCUGCAGUUAAGGAAAGUGCAUCAAAAGAACGUGCUAGAACAGUCUUGGAAGCUCAAAAGAAGAAUGCAAGCUACCAGCUUCUAUCAGACGAUGAUGAUGUUGAUGAUGAAGUGGACAGAAAUGCAUUUGCAAAACCUUUGCAGAAAUCCAGUACUGACAAGAAGUCAAGACACUUACGAAAGAGAAGAGAGGAAGAAAGCUCAGAAAGUGAAGAUGAGCCAGUUAUUAAGUCCAAGAAGAAAAGAAAUGAUUCCUACAAUGACAGAGAUGAUGAUGACGACGACGACGAUGAUGAUAGCGAAGAUGAGUUUGACAAAGAUGAUAGGGAAAGACAGCAGGACCUUGAGGAGAGAGAUGCCUUUACUGACAGACUCAAAGCUAAAGACAAAACAAAAACAAGAAAUAUUGUUUCCAAGUCAGAAAAGAAGGCUUACGAAGAAGCUCAAAAGAGACUUCAUUUGGAGGAAAAAAAUCGGGACAAGAUAAUUCCAGAGAUAAGAAAAAAAUCUCGGCGAGAAUAUUUGAAGAAACGCCAGUUUGAUAAACUGGAAGAACUGGAAGCCGAUGUACAAGAUGAAAUGUACCUGUUUGGAGACCAGAACUUGUCAAAACGUGAACGCCAAGACUUAGAGUAUAAGCGAACCGUUUUGAAACUGGCCAAGGAACACAAAUCGGCGGGGGAUGUUGAGAAAGUCAACCGGUACUUUAUUCCAAAAGAAGACGACAAACCACAGGAUAAAUACUUUGAGGAAGAAGGACCGAAGGGUCCGAACUCAGAGCAGAUGAAAUGGGAGGAGCAACACGUGGGGGCCGCCCUGAUGUCCUUUGGAGCUAAAGAUUCGAAACAAAAGGCUAGGGAGAAACAUAAAGUAAAAGAAUAUGAUGUGAUUAUGGACGAGGAGAUUGAGUUUGUUCAAGCCCUCCAGAUGCCUGGCACCAUCGAUAAAAAGAGUAAGAAAGAACAGGAAGAGAUAUCUGAGGUGCAAAAGAAAAAGAUGUCGAUAAAGGAGACACAGAGGUCUCUGCCCAUCUAUCCUUUUAAACAGGGGCUGCUGGAGGCUAUAGACCAAUUCCAGGUGUUGAUUAUAGAGGGGGAAACCGGCUCUGGUAAAACCACACAGAUUCCGCAGUACUUGUAUAAUGGCGGGUUUUGUAAGGAUGGUAUGAAGGUCGGCUGUACACAGCCAAGAAGAGUGGCGGCCAUGUCUGUUGCCGCUCGUGUAGCUGAAGAGAUGGGAUUUAAACUGGGAAACGAGGUAGGAUACAGUAUCAGGUUUGAGGAUUGCACAUCUGAACGCACUUGUCUGAAGUAUAUGACAGAUGGUAUGUUGCUUCGGGAAUUCCUUGGUGAGCCGGACCUGAAAUCUUACAGUGUGCUGAUUAUUGAUGAAGCUCAUGAGCGCACAUUACACACAGAUAUCUUGUUUGGCCUCGUGAAGGAUAUCGCUCGAUUCCGUCCCGAUCUCAAACUACUCAUCUCAAGUGCAACGUUAGAUGCGGAGAAAUUCUCACAGUUUUUCGACGAUGCGCCAGUUUUCAGGAUUCCUGGUCGAAGAUUUCCAGUUGACAUUUAUUACACAAAGGCCCCGGAGGCAGACUACAUAGACGCAGCCGUGGUUUCUGUCCUACAGAUACACUGUACACAGCCGGAAGGGGACAUUCUUGUGUUCUUGACUGGGCAGGAGGAAAUUGAGACUGCCACUGAAUUGCUUACAGAACGAACCAAAAAACUUGGUUCCAAAAUCAAGGAACUGAUUAUAGCCCCGAUCUAUGCAAAUCUGCCCAGUGACCUCCAAGCAAAAAUAUUUGAUCCCACACCACCUGGCGCUCGCAAGGUUGUUUUGGCAACAAAUAUCGCAGAAACCUCUUUGACUAUCGAUGGCAUAAAGUAUGUGAUAGACCCCGGGUUUUGUAAACAGAACAGCUAUAAUGCUAGGACAGGAAUGGAAUCUCUUGUGGUUACGCCUGUUUCGAAGGCUUCGGCCAAUCAGAGAGCGGGACGUGCAGGUCGCGUCUCAGCCGGAAAAUGUUUCCGUCUCUACACAGCAUGGGCGUAUAAAAACGAACUCGAGGAUAACACGAUACCAGAAAUUCAGAGGACUAAUCUCGGAAAUGUUGUGCUUCUGUUAAAAAGUCUUGGCAUAAACGAUCUCAUCCGCUUCGACUUUAUGGACCCACCCCCACACGAGACAUUAAUUCUUGCACUUGAGCAGCUGUAUGCUUUAGGGGCCUUAAACCAUAAAGGGGAGUUAACUAAACUCGGGAGGCGUAUGGCGGAGUUUCCGGUGGAUCCGAUGUUGUCUAAAAUGAUUCUGGCUUCAGAAAAGUACAAAUGCUCCAAAGAAAUCAUUACAAUCACAGCAAUGUUGUCUGUGAACAACUCAAUCUUCUACCGUCCAAAGGAUAAGGUGGUCCAUGCUGACACAGCCCGACAGAAUUUCUUCCUUCCAGGGGGCGACCAUAUUACGUUGAUGAACGUUUAUACCCAGUGGGAGGAAACGGGGCAUUCCACACAAUGGUGUUUUGAGAACUUCAUUCAGUUCAGGUCGAUGAAGCGUGCCAGGGAUGUUCGCGACCAGCUCGAAGGCCUUAUGGAGCGUGUAGAAAUUGAGGUUCAUUCCAACCCUCUUGAUACAGCGAAUAUUAGAAAAGCAAUAACAGCUGGGUUUUUCUACCACACUGCAAAACUUGACAAGGGAGGUAACUAUCGCACGGUUAAACACAACCAGACGGUUAUGGUCCACCCAAACAGUUCACUAUUUGAGGACAGGCCUAAGUGGCUUAUCUACCAUGAGCUGGUGUUUACGACUAAGGAAUUUAUGAGACAGGUCAUCGAAAUUGAAAACUCAUGGCUGCUGGAGGUUGCACCGCACUAUUACAAGGCCAAGGAACUGGAAGAUGGGUCAGGAAAGAAGAUGCCGAAGAAUACCGGCAAGUCCAGAGCAGAAGUGACUCGUACAUAUUGAGACCUAGUGUUGUUGUGAUUGGGCGAUGUAUUUAUUAGUCGUAGAUUUUCCAUCUGAUUUGUAUGAAGUUAUUAGUGUCAAAAAGAUGCCAAAAAUCAUGGAUGGCAGAUAAAUUGCAGAAGUGACUAGGAUAUAUAAGGAUUUGUGCCAUGUGUUGCAUGUAGUGGAGAUCAAAUAUUUCAUUCUUGUAAAAUAACUUCCUAAUUACAUGUCACAGCUAUUGGUUCAAAAUCAAGAAAUGAGCCAAUCGUAAGUAGACAAGGAACAUCGUGCUGUUGUGAUAUAAACAAUUAUGAUGGCUCAUGAUUUUCUGGGAUAAUGUGUUGUCAUAAAUAGUAUGGGGCUUGUGCUUGUGAAUAAAAGAACAAGAAACCAAUUCACUGGACAAUACUAUAAUGUUCUGUGCUAUGUAUAAUAAAAAUAUUAAGUAACAGAUCCUUGU